AAAGGGGGUUUGGCUUCGGAACGAUUUAAACGGGGAGAGUAAAACAACGUUCGUUUCCGAGUUGUAUCUACCGAGCGCGGAGUUUACGAAGGGGGGAGGCGCGGGGUGUUCGUUUACGCGUAGGAACCUUCUUCGGUUGAGUGCGAAGAAAGCGUUCGGACGAUCAUAAAGUGUGAUGUCAUGGGAUAUGCGUGUUUCUUGUGAGAGUCAUUUUCCGUCAUGGCUUUUGUUCGAAAUAUACGGAGAUCUCUGGAAUUCAUCCUACAAAUUGUGAUUAUUGUCUCGGUGUUUGAAGCAGUUUGGGGCCAGGUUACAUGCGCUAGUCGUCGAUGUAGAAUACAGCUCAAAGAGGGCGAGGCACAGGAUGUCACUUUUCCAGGCAGUGUUGACACUGUAAUCGACUCCCUCGACGAGGUACGAUGGACGAUCACGGCAAGUAACAGGCGCAACCGAAUCAUCUUCGUCAUCGAAGACAUCAACUGGCCGAAGACCGACAUCAAAUUCGAGGAUCAGAACCCGAACCAGAUUCCGAUACGGCACGAAGACAAAGUCUUUCCGAUCUUUCCCGAGUACAGCACGAAGGUGAUCAAAUCGGGAAUCUUUCUGUCCGGAACCCACUCGAUGCAGAUGGAAAUGGAUAUUCCGAUCAUUGCCGAACUCCAGAGUAUACCCUCUUUUAGGAUGCAUUUUACAGCAUACACUGUGAAAGAGGUGUUUCGUUGUAAGCUGAGUACCGUCUCAUGUGAGACAGAAUCCACGUUACUCUGGAAACAGAAUUCAGACGGUUUUGUUUUCACCGGUAGAAGCCACGCCGACGAGGGCGCUCUGACAGUUCGCUUUCCCCAAGGAACCCGGCUCAACGGGAAAGGUUACGUCUCUUUCGGCUACAAAUUCGACUAUCAGGACAGCAGGGGGAUGAGUGGCGGCCAGUCACGAGACGAGAAGGGUAGGGUCACGGUCGCGUGUCCCGGGAGACGGAAUUUCGAAAUUUCUUCCGAUGGAGCGACCCAGCUUGUCGUUAAUUGCGAUGUUGACGACGCGUCGAUAACAUUCACAGCGCAUGGAAGUUUAAAGCUCGUCAUCGUCGAUGUCGAUUUAAACGAUGCCAGUGUCUCCGCGACCUCCGUCGAUCCAGAGCUAUCUUCAGAGUCAUCGGUCCUCCCCGUUGCCGCUGGCAUCUCUGUUUUUGUUGGCUUUGUGGUGAUCGCCAUUUUAGGGAUUUCCGUUUUCCGACGACAGAGGUCUCAGGGUACACAGGAAAGGAACCCAAAGGUAACAGUCGACAAAGGGCAUGAAAAUAACGGAUUCCAUCCCCAGAACGUCAGAACCCUCGAGGAUCCGGACGAAGGAACUUACCACUACCCUAGCUUCCCUCUGAGCCCUCCCCCAAGGGACGGGGACACCAUCUACCAAGAGAUCGAAAAGAAAGACCCAAAGGGACCGGCAAAGAUGACCAAAGACGGUGGCGACCGAGUCCCUGGAAGGAAUGCGUACGACCUUUUGGAACUACCUGGAGACGGAAGCCUUGACUCCAACAAGAAGACAUCGCGUUCGACGGAGAAGUUGUCGGUGCCGCAAGGCUCUCCGUUGUUGUCCCGGUGUGUGAACCGCAGCUUGGGCUAUGAGACCCUUGAUGGAACCACAGGGUCAACAUCGUCGGGCAAGGAGAGGGCGUCCUCUUUGAUAACGGCGAAGGAUGCCUCUGCAAACGAGACCAAACAACCCACACCAGCUCGCGGUGAGUGCGAGUACUUGGAGAUCCUGCCCUCGGACGAGCUGGAGUCUUUGAAACUGCAGGAUAAGAAUGACCAGCCUGUCCUUGCACACCAGAAUCUCUACCAGCAUCUGGAGCGUAAGGACAUUUCAUUCCAAACACCAACGCAGGGUCAGACGGCGGAGCAGAAGUCUUCUGUAGGUACGGAUAUCACCGAGGAGAACUAUGGAAAACUUGAUAUUGCCGCUGACAGCCCACCUGGAGGACCUAGCUACUUCGUCCUCGAGGCCAAUACAGAUUGCUGAAUACAAGUGCAAUAUCAAAACCCGUGAAGAUAUACUCUAGCCUGUUUACAUUUGCCUUGGGUCAAAGUUCAUACACCGGACAUAUUUGACUUACUAGUUCAUGAAUGUACAAAUCUGGCACGCAGCGAAACUUGCGUUCCCCGACCGUACUUGCAGUGAGAAACUCGGAAGAUCAUCUGGCAUUCUUCGGAUGGGAAAUACAUGAUGAUGACUGUUCUUUACGUGGCGGCGAUUUAAAAGUGGCUGGAGGCUGUACACGUUACCUAAGAUCGUUUUGAGUGCAGUCCACUAGUAAUAAAUAACGUCCGUUACCUGGUAAAUAGCCGAAUCGUCAUGUCAAACUCCCUUUGAGAAUCCACAUUUGCGCGUUUUUUUGAAUAUUCUCUAACAGUCUCCCCUGUCGCUGAAAAGCUAAUGUUGAGCAAACGGGAAGUCACGGCCUUUUCCAUAAAACACCUGCUUUAGGUGGAGUGUAUAUAAGAGAUUGAUAAGGUUUCCAGCCGUGGUAGUCGAAAAAAAAAAGAAUAGCGACUGACUGUGAUGUUAUUUUGUUUAAAUUGAGGAAAAGGUAAAAGGUUAUGGAAGGUUUUUAUGUCUACUUUGUCUUUAUCAUUGUUAUUGGUGGUAAUGGUGUUGUUGUUGUUGGUGGUGGUGGUGGUGGUGGUGAUGGUGGCGUUUCUAGUGCGUAAGGUAGUCUACAAUUUAUCUUCAUUACAAAGUGACUUCUUUAGAUAUUUUUUAUUUGUUGAUAUUAUAUUAUUGAUUCGGGAUGUACUGUCUCAUUCGAUUUCUAGCGGUAUCGUUACAUAAAUCUGAAUGAUAUUUUAAAUGUUCUUAUGUUUUAAAGUCAAACCACGAAACGGCCUAAAGCCUGCAAAAUA